AAACUAUUGUCUUUAUUUUGCAGAUAUAAUACAACAAAGAUAUUGAAUUUCRAUGAAGAAACUGAAACUGAGGAAAAUGUUGAUGCUGCUCCAAGUGACCCACAACAGACAGAGUUUUGUGGUGCUGUACCAGUUUAUGUGCGUGGAAACACCAACAGCUAUUCAGCUCAAAAGAUCUUAAAUAUUUUGGGAAAUCCUCACUCGGAAAAUGUGCUGUGCAAGCAACAGCCAUGCAGAGUGCAAAUAAAUGCAGCCUUCCUCAUUGACUUGAGAGUUGUAACAAUAGAAGACAUAGAAGCUGAUGACAAUGGGGCAUAUGAGCAGCUGGGAACUCCAACCCACWCAUUUCUGCUGCAGUUUAAUAAUAAUCARUCUAUUAAAUCUGCCAAGAAAGUUGCAGAAAAGAAGGUGCCMGGCAAAGAGCAUCACUAUCUCAUUCGGAAGUACAAGAGGUGCUCAUCUUCUCCUGAUUUGAAAAGAACGAUUUCAUACURUCAGAUGCAAUCAGGUGAAAUUCUUGGCAAUAUUGCUUUAGUGCAAUAUAAUUUCUCAGCAGCAGAGCACCCAUUCCAGAUAAGUGCGCAUGGCAAUGCCAAGAAAAAUAAAGUUCCUUAUCAGAGGACUAAACAAACCACCAAAGAUAUCCUGAGAUUGAACCUCCAGAGUGAAACACCUAAAGAGGCUGUCCAAAAAACAACUAGGCAGAUAGGAGGCAUAUUAAAUGCACAAAGUUCAGCAGAAACACCACGCAACAGGAAGCAAGCAUACAACCUAAAACAAGCAUCUAAGAACUCCUCUACAGGGUCGACAUCUUCUAAUGAUGUCCUUGCAAGUCUUCUUGCUAUGUCCAAUGAAGAAAAAUGGAAUGAGCCCAAAAACUCCUUUAUCAGGAGCAUCCAAUCCCACCCCAAUCCUCUAUUUCUGGUGUUAGCAAGCAACAYGCAGCUGCAAAACUUAAAGUCAUACUGCACUUCUGAGAUCUUAUCUAGURUCUUGACUGUUGACCCUACCUUCAACAUUGGCCGGUUUACUGUAACCCCUACUACAUACCAAGACCUACUGUUAGAGUCCAAACGUACUCAAGAGCAUCCUAUCUGCAUUGGCCCUUUGCUUAUCAGCCAGUCAUUGACUGAGGAUGUCUUUAGUGACUUUGUGUAUGUAACUCAAAAGAACUGCCCUGGACUAAGAAAAAACCUCAGGUCAUUUGGAACAGAUGGGGAAAAGGCACUACAUCAAGCUAUGUCUKCAGGAUUYCCAGAUGCUAUUAAAUUAAGAUGCAUGAGCCACUUCAGAAACAAUGUAAAAGAUCAUCUCAAAACAGUUGAUCCUACUUCAAGGAAUGACAUCAUAAAUCAAAUUUUUGGAUACAACACGGGUGAUGGGGUGUAUCACGAGGGCAUGGUCGAUGCCAAUUCUCCUGAGAUCUUUGAUACCUUAUUUGAAUCUGUCAAAAUUGAWUGGUACAAAAARUCCCCAGCUUUUGUCGWGUGGUUUGSAAAGAAUGUGUCCAUGAUCAAGGAGUCCAUGAUCAGCAGUGUAAGAACUGCAGCUGGACUUGGAUGUCCACCUAAGAAAUUCUACACUCACAGCUCUGAAAGUAACAAUCAUGUAAUAAAGCACAAGGAGAGAUAUCAAGAAGUCUCACUCCCUCAGUUUGUGCAAGAUAUGAAAGAGUUAAGAAAAGACUAUGAUGAAGAAUUUAUGAAGRCCAUUACAGGCAGAGGCGAAUACAAACUGAAAUACCCCMACCUUGCUUUGACUACAGAUCAAUGGUUUGCAAUGACAUUUAAGCAGAAAGAAUCAUAUGUCAACAAACUGAGAACAAUAACAAUGGAGGAAGUCUUACAAGGAGAAUGCCUUGCAGAACCACAACCACCCAAACAAUCAUCAUUACUAUCAGUUUCAUGGAAACAAAUCAAAAGCCCUCUAGAUGAUGUCGUUUUAUCCAACAUAUGGAACAAGGCAUCAAAGAUUGUAAGUUCUGAUGGAGCCAUACAGAGUGCACCUUUCCUACCAGGGGUGGGAGCAGCCAAAGACUCCACAUUUCUUGUAAUUAGUGAAAGUGUCCAUGACAACUACCAUACAGUGAAGUGUGGAAAUGAAAUUGCUGGAAUUGUCAAGUGCUCUUGYCCUGGCUUYAAAUCAGUUGCCAUUUGCUCCCAUGCAGUAGCUGUAAGUGAAAAGAAAAGCCUUCUCAGCAAGUACCUCAACAUUUACAGUCAUAGCAAAGGUUUAAACAUCACUGAUGUUAACAUCGCUGGAAAGCAACAAAAAAACGUAGGCAGAAAGAUGAACAAUCCCCGCAAGCGUUUUAAAGGCCCAAUGCCAACCGCAGAUGUUGUUGUACCAUGUCAGAAUGUCUUUGGAGUGGCUACCAAGGACAUUCAGUCUCAAAACCAACCAACACAGAGCUCUCCACAACUUCCUAACAGGCCAUUUUCCUUCCUUGAUUUCCUAAAUAGUGAUUCUAUAGAGGGACAACCCACACAAGUGCAGAAUGUGAACACCACCGUUGCACCACAGCCAUCUCAACUCCAACCUGCCACAAGUACCAGUGUCCAGUCAUGCCAGCCCCUUCCUUCCUCAAGUACUUGGCACAGUGCACAGCCACCUGCUACAUGUACCAAUACUUCAUAUAAUUUACAUUCCUUGCAGCCAGCUCCUGCUACUAUAAAUGUGCAGUCGUCGCAGUACCCCAAUACCAAUACUGGUGUCCAGCAAUUCCCAUCCCUUCCUGCUACCAAUACCUGGUAUAGUGCACAUUYACCUCAACCACCUCCUGCUACCUAUGGUGGACAUAAUGUGCAGUCAAUGCAGUCAACCCCUGCUACUAGCAAUAGGUAUARUGUACAGUCAUCACAGUCUGUUGGACCAAAGCCACUUCUCCCAGAGCUCAAUGUUCCAUACACUGUAGCUAUGAUAUGGGGAAAUGUAAAGAAAUGUCAUGGAUGCAAAAAUAUGUUCCAACCAGCUAUCCCCCCAGAUGAUCAGUACAUCUUGGUACGUCCUGAGCCUGAUUUUUACAUAGACAGACAAAGAAAGGUGUGGCGACUUGGGCGUAAAUCCAACAGAUAUUAUCACAUGUCUCCUGAGUGUAUAAAGAGAAACUUCCCAGCGUGGCCAUUGCCACGAAUAAAUAUUCCCACUGACAUCCCAGGAAUUGUCAUAACAGCUUUACAAAGCAGAUUUGCACACUUGUAGACAUAAUGUUAAGGUCAGCACCUGAACACACAUAAGAUUGUUAAUAUAUGAAGUUUAGAUUCAAUUGCAAUUGCAUUUAAGUAAUGAAAUAAGAUACAUGCAAAUAAUAACUAACUGUAUACUAGAGUACAAACACUAAAAGUGUGCAACAUAAAUACCACUGAAUUAUGCUAAUUCUAUUGUUUUCUAUUGUUUAUUUAACACUAUUUACUAGUAAAUAAUGCAAAGCAUUGCACAGAUUUAGUGUUUGUACUCACUAGUGACUAGUACAGUGCUCAUAUAUGCAUGUA